CUAAAGAUGUCCACCAAACGUCGGAUUUGUGGGUAAAAGGGAGUCAGAACUGAAGUGGGCAACAUUGUUUGCGUCUUGCUUGUGGAUGACGCUCCUUUAGGAGCGGGCCUAACAUUUCCAGCCCGGUUGGCGGAGCGCUAGGCCCGCCUCCAAUAUGGCCCAAUCGGGAAGAGGGAAAAGCUGAGAACUAAGUAGGUAUUGGUUGGCUUCUGGGCUAAUCAGAAGAGUCCCUGUUUGGCGGGAGUCUUGACCGCCGCCGGAGCUCUUGGAUCCUCAGCGCUAGCUCUGGGUGUCCGGCCGCCGUGGCCAUGUUUGUGUCCGAUUUCCGCAAGGAGUUCUACGAGGUGGUUCAAAACCAGAGGGUCCUUCUCUUUGUGGCCUCGGACGUGGACGCUCUGUGCGCUUGCAAGAUUCUUCAGGCUCUGUUCCAGUGUGAUCACGUGCAGUAUACACUGGUUCCGGUUUCUGGGUGGCAAGAACUUGAAACUGCAUUUCUUGAGCAUAAAGAACAGUUCCAUUAUUUUAUUCUCAUAAACUGUGGAGCUAAUGUAGACCUAUUGGAUAUCCUUCAGCCUGAUGAAGAUGCCAUAUUUUUUGUGUGUGACACCCACAGGCCAGUUAAUGUCGUGAAUGUCUAUAAUGACACCCAGAUCAAACUACUCAUUAAACAAGAUGAUGAUCUCGAAGUUCCUGCUUAUGAUGAUAUCUUCAGGGAUGAAGAAGAAGGUGAAGAGCAUUCAGGAAAUGAAAGUGACAAUGGGUCAGAGCCUUCUGUGAAGCGCACACGGUUAGAAGAGGAGAUAGUGGCACAAACCAUGAAGAGGAGGCAGCGAAGAGAGUGGGAGGCCCGGAGAAGAGACAUCCUCUUUGACUAUGAACAGUAUGAAUAUCACGGGACGUCGUCAGCCAUGGUGAUGUUUGACCUGGCGUGGAUGAUGUCAAAGGACUUGAACGACAUGCUGUGGUGGGCCAUCGUUGGACUAACGGACCAGUGGGUGCAAGACAAGAUCACCCAGAUGAAGUACGUAACGGACGUUGGCAUCCUGCAGCGCCAUGUGUCUCGGCACAACCACCGGAAUGAGGAUGAGGAGAACUCCCUCUCUGUGGACUGUACACGGAUCUCCUUCGAGUACGACCUCCGCCUGGCACUCUACCAGCACUGGUCCCUCCAUGACAGCCUAUGCAACACAUGCUACACUGCAGCCAGGUUCAAGCUCUGGUCUGUGCAUGGGCAGAAGCGUCUCCAGGAGUUCCUUGCAGACGUGGGCCUCCCCUUGAAACAGGUGAAGCAGAAGUUCCAGUCCAUGGACGUCUCCUUGAAGGAGAAUUUGCGGGAGAUGAUCGAAGAGUCUGCAAAUAAAUUUGGGAUGAAGGACAUGCGCGUGCAGACUUUCAGCAUUCACUUCGGGUUCAAGCAUAAGUUCCUGGCCAGUGACGUGGUCUUUGCCACCAUGUCACUGAUGGAGAGUCCUGAGAAGGACGGCUCAGGGACAGAUAACUUCAUCCAGGCUUUGGACAGUCUCUCCAGGAGUAACCUGGACAAACUCUACCAUGGCCUGGAACUCGCCAAGAAGCAGCUGCGAGCCACGCAGCAGACCAUCGCCAGCUGCCUCUGCACCAACCUUGUCAUCUCCCAGGGGCCCUUCCUCUACUGCUCCCUCAUGGAGGGCACUCCGGACAUUGUGCUAUUUUCCAAGCCAGCAUCCCUGAGCCUGCUCAGCAGACACCUGCUGAAGUCCUUUGUGUGUUCGACAAAGAACCGGCGCUGCAAGCUGCUGCCUUUGGUGAUGGCCGCACCCCUGAGUGUGGAGCAGGGCACUGUGACUGUGGUGGGCAUCCCCCCAGAGACCGACAGCUCAGACAGGAAGAACUUUUUUGGGCGGGCGUUUGAGAAGGCAGCAGAGGGCACCAAUUCUCGGACGCUGCACAACCAUUUUGACCUCUCAGUAAUUGAACUGAAAGCAGAGGAUCGGAGCAAGUUUCUGGAUGCCCUUGUUUCUCUCCUGUCCUGAUGAGUUUGAUUUCUUCUGAUGUGUCCUCCUUCUCCUAAUUUAUAUUAACUGGGUUUUAUUUAGACUAUAAGUUAUGGACAUGGUUUUAGACACCCACAGUGGGUUUUUAAUGGAAUAAAAUGUUUGUUUUA